AUGGACAAGCCGCUAGCUCAGCUCUCAUUCGUCACUGUUAUCAUAAACUGUACAAGUUUACUGAAUGAUGUUGAAUUAUAUCUUGACUGUGGUUGUGUAUUUGUGUUCUUCUUAGCAUCUCCGCCUUCACAAUGCCCCAUGCAUCAAGCUCAGGCUGAAAAAGGUCCGGCCCACCAGGAUCGGGCGUACAGCUUCGUGGAGUGUCCCAUGAGAGCUGCAGCAAUCACGAAGGGCGACAUCGAUCCAGCAAAUAUGAUGCCUCCUCCCAACCAAACGCCAGCUCCAGACCAGCCCUUCGAACUCUCUGUCAGAAGAGAGGAGUCCACGAUUCCACGUCACGACACGGAGAAGAACUGGGUGUACCCGUCGGAGCAGAUGUUCUGGAACGCCAUGCUGAGGAAGGGGUGGCGCUGGCGAGAUGAUGACCUCAGCAAAGGUGACAUGACCAACAUCAUUAAAAUCCACAAUCAGAACAAUGAGCAGGCCUGGCAGGAGAUCCUGAAGUGGGAGGCUCUGCACGCUCAGGAAUGUCCAUGUGGACCAACUCUGAGGAGAUUCGGUGGGAAGGCUAAAGAGUACUCCCCCAGGGCGCGCCUCCGGCACUGGAUGGGCUACGAGCUGCCGUUCGACCGUCACGACUGGAUCGUUGACCGCUGUGGGAAGGAGGUGCGCUACGUCAUCGACUAUUACGAUGGAGAAAUCAACAAGGACACCUACCAGUUCUCCACCCUGGACGUGCGACCUGCUUUUGACUCUUUAGAAGCUGUGUGGGACCGUAUGAAGGUGGCCUGGUGGCGCUGGACUUCCUGAAGGACUCUGGCUCAUAUUUGAGUCGCAAAUAUUCAAAAACUGUUGUUACCCAUUUCUGCUCUUUGUAACUUGUGUGAUGCUGAAAAAAGAAACGAAUCUGACCUCGUAAAAGAUGAUUGGAUGUAGAAGAGUUUGUCCAACAGGUCAUACACUUGUGUGUCUAUGAAAUCUGUUGACUUGUGCUUAAAUUUAACUGCUUGCUUGCUUACAGCUACCUGACUCUGUAAUUUGAACCUCAUCUAGCAACAAAGUUUAAAUGUUUAUUUUUCUCAGUUGGGACGUUGAGACAAGCUUUCAAACCUGCCAAUAUUCCUUUAUUGGCUAAUGGUCGUAAACCAGAAAUCUAGGAAAGUUCAUGUGUUGUUUUAAUAAAUCACCUUCUCUGUGUUUUGUUUGUAAACACUGCAUAUUUGAUUAAACCAUUUUUAUUGGCCGGAGAGUUUAAA